GUCAGUGAUAAUUAGCAUAACUGUCAUCACCUGGGCACAGAAGAGGCUGCAUCUCAGUGAAGACGUUUUCCUGCUCAGGUUUGGAUGUAUGAUGGCGUCCAGGUUUGGCCAGAGGAGAGUCGGAAGACAGCAGGAGUACCCAGAUCUGCUUCGGAAUCCCAGCCAUGACCCUUUGAAUGAGCUCCUUCAAAGCGCCUCUCUGUGGCUCGACAGGGAGGAGCACGGGGACCAAGGGGACUCACUCAGGGAGCAGCUAAAAGAGAUGGAUGAGCAUGUAGCCAGGCUUCAGGACAUGCUGAGAUCCGAACGCGUCAAAAGCCAGCGUCUGCAGCUGCACUGUAACCAGCAGGAGGCAGAUUUGAAGCGUCGAGAGCUGCACAGCAACAGGCUGAAGGAGCGCCUCUCACAGCUGACCGACAGACACAGGGAGAAGGGACCCUCCAUAGAGGUGCUCAACUUUCCACCUGGAAGCAAAGGCAAAAGAGAACAAGCAUUCAAACCCUUCAAGUCUACUGCAAAACGGGAAGAGGCUACGCUGCGUCUGAUGCUGGAGCGCAGAGAAGCGGAGCUCAGGGAGGCGAUGAAGCUGCGUCACAGCCUCACCACUUUACUUCAUGCGCUCAGAGUGGACAUGGAGCAGACUCUGUCAGACUCCGUAGGUGAGGCCCAAGAUGUAGACAAAAGGUUGGAUCAAAGUGAGGCAGCACUGGGUGAACAUGUGACAGGAGGAGUCAUCCAGAGUUGGAGACGGGUGCAGAGGAGGCUUCGCGACAUGCUGUCUGAAGGCAAAUCUGCUGCCGGUACCGACCAAGACAAGCUCCUGACCCAACUAGAAACUGAACUGACAGAGAGUCAGAAGCUCGUCAGGUUACAACAGCAACUGCUGCAGGAUGGCCUUGCUUCCCCAGUCCCCUCUGAACUCGCCGAUUCCUACUUUUUGGAGGAGUGGGAACGUCUUCAGGUGCACUGGGCGGAGCUCGAUCAGCAGAGGAGAACUUUUGCAAGGGAGCGGCAGUCAUUCACUGACGCCGCCAUCCGGCUAAGUCGUGAUCGCUGUGAUUUUGAACAGCAGAAGGCCUCUCUUAUGAAGCAGCAGUACCUGCGUGACUCCCCUCUGUUGGGCAAAGGGGCUCCAAGCGUCAUCAUUACGGAGAGCACCAGUCCCAAUUAUUCAGGUUUGGACCCUACCAGCAUAUCUGGCUGUCUUCCCAUUACUCCAUCGUCCGCUGAAUCGGGUACCGCUGCUGUCAACGGGCCACAUCAAAGAAGAGUUCAAACCCCCAGCACUCCUGAGCUCUACUCUGCCCUCAGUCUGUCCUACAACUGCAGACCCAGAGGACUCGAUCACCAGUCAGACACAUGGGAUGGUGAAUCGGACAGGAUGGUGCUCACACCACAGGCCUCACAUUUAGACUGGUCAUUUUAAUACAACGCUAAGAGUGAACAGUGCCUGGUAAAGUUCAGUGUAAACUACCUUAUGUUCAGUUUUUAAAAUAAUCAAUAAAAACUACUUUAACCCUA